GGCUAGAAACAAAUCCCGUGACUCUUUCACUUUCGUUUCUCGUGAAUAUUUUAAAACAACAGCCAAUUAUUCUCAAACAAAUUCCCUUCCUUUUUUACCUCGAUAAAUACCCGAUGCCAAUCAAAUGGCCUCCCAAGAAACCAAAAAGCAGAUUUCUCAUCCUCCUCUUCAUGGCCUCCCUUCUCCUCACCCUCUCCUUUUUCUCCCUCUUCCUCUUCUUCUCACUCUCCUCCGCCUCCCACCGUAAUCACCUCCCGAAACUAAUCCAACCGUCUGAAGAAAUCCCCCAAAUUGCUUUGGCCUGCAAGGCCACACGUGACCCUGUCACUUGCCAAUCCUCCCUCUCCGAAUCUAAACAAGUCCCAGCCAACCCAACGCCGUCGCAAAUGAUCCAAGCCGCCAUCUGGGUCUCCUCAGAAAACCUCAAGACCGCUGUGGUUAAAGUUCAGUCUAUUUUAGACUCUUCCGGAGGCAAUCAGAACCGUUCCAAUGCGGCUAAGAAUUGUCUAGAGCUGCUCGGGUAUUCGGAGAAACGGACCCAAUCGGCUAACGACGCUCUGCCACGUGGCAAAAUCAAGGACGCACGCGCAUGGUACAGUGCAGCUUUAACUUAUCAGUAUGACUCCUGGUCGGCGUUGAAGUAUGUGAAUGACACGAAGUUGGUGGGCGAAACGAUGUCGUUCUUGAACUCUUUGAUGCAGCUGACAAGUAACGCCUUGAGUAUGAUGAUGUCGUUUGAUAAUUUCGGUGACGAUUUCAACACUUGGCGGGCGCCCGAGACGGAGCGGACCGGAUUCUGGGAGAAGGACAGGUCGAAAGCGGCCCACCUGGGAUUUAAUGGCGGGUUCCCUUCCGAUUUAACGGCGGACGUGACGGUGUGUAAGGACGGGAGUUGUAAUUACAAGACGGUACAGGACGCCGUUAACGCGGCGCCGGAAAAUCUGGCAACACGUAGGUUCGUUAUAAACAUAAAGGCGGGAGUUUAUGAGGAGAUCGUUCGGGUGGCGUUUGAGAAAAAGAACGUGGUGUUCUUGGGAGACGGCAUGGGUAAAACAGUAAUUUCUGGUUCUUUGAAUACAGGCCUGAUGGGAAUCACAACAUUCAAAACUGCCACUGUUGGAGUUGUUGGAGACGGGUUCAUGGCAAGUGGUGUUACAUUCCAGAACACAGCAGGUCCGGAUGCGCAUCAGGCAGUUGCCUUCAGAUCAGAUAGUGAUCUAUCCAUUGUUGAGAACUGUGAAUUCUUGAGCAAUCAAGACACUCUUUAUGCUCACUCCCUCCGCCAGUUCUAUAGAAACUGCCGCAUCCAGGGCAAUGUGGACUUCAUUUUUGGAAACUCCCCUGCAUUUUUCCAGGAUUGCCAGAUCUUAGUUGCUCCACGGCAAAUCAAUCCAGAAAAAGGCGAGAACAAUGCUGUCACAGCUCAGGGUAGAACUGACCCUGCUCAAUCUACAGGUUUUGUUUUCCAGAAUUGUCUGAUCAAUGGCACCGAAGAUUACAUAAAGCUUUAUCUCGAAAAGCCUAAAGUGCACAAGACUUACCUUGGAAGACCAUGGAAAGAAUUCUCGAGGACGGUUCUUAUUCACUGUACCUUGGAAGCACUCAUACAACCAGAUGGCUGGAUGCCAUUCAACGGGGACUUUGCUCUGAAAACACUCUACUACGGAGAGUUUGAGAAUUCUGGACCCGGAUCUGAUACUUCUAAGAGAGUUCCGUGGAGUAGCCACAUUCCGGCAGAGCAUGUUAAUACAUAUUCAGUGCAGAAUUUUAUUCAGGGGAAUGAAUGGAUAUCAACAUCAUCUUAAGUCAUUGAAUCUGCUGUAUUUUUAUCUUCAGAAUCUGUAUAAUUUGGCAGAAAAAUGAGUAGGAAAUUUCGGAAUGUAAACCCUUGUGAAAAUACAUUCCGAAAUUUCUAUAGGCAAUUUCUAAAGACCUCUUUUACCUAAAAAAAAUUAGUGUUUUAGUGGAGUGAUCUGUCUAUCUAGAAAAUAAUUUUAAAAAAUUAAAUAUAUCUUAAUAAGAGUUUUUUUUUU